UUUUCGAGACAGGGUUUCUCUGUGUAGCUUUGCGCCUUUCCUGGAACUCACUUGGUAGCCCAGGCUGGCCUCGAACUCACAGAGAUCCGCCUGGCUCUGCCUCCCGAGUGCUGGGAUUAAAGGCGUGCGCCACCACCGCCCGGCUUGAUACAAAGUCUUAUUCUGUAGCCCAGGAUGGUUUCUAACUCAGAGUAAUCCUGCUGUCUCUGUCUCCUAAAUGCUGGGAUUACAGGUGUGAGCCACCAUACCUGGCUAAAUAUUUAAAAUCUAAUAAUUCUGCCUCUUCCCUGUGUUUUCUCAGGUCUGGAGUUGAGAGUUGUUCUCUGUAUUAUUUAUUUAUUUAUUUUAAGUUUCUCCAGACAGGGUUUCUCUGUGUAACCACUGUGGCUGGCUGUUCUGGAACUCACUUUCUAGACCAGGCUGGCCUCAAACUCACAGAAAUCCACCUGUCUCUGCCUCCUGAGACCUGGGAUUAAAGGCAUGCACCACCACUAUCCGGCUUUAGUUAUCUAAUUAUAUAUAUAAUUAUAUACAAUAUAUUAUAAGAUAUAUAUAAUUUAACAUAUAUACAAUAUAUAUAUUUUAAUAACCUAGCAAAAAAACUUUAAGCCUAACUUUUUCUUUUUCCUCUGAGACAGGGCUUCUCUGGGUAGCCUCAGCUGUCCUGGAAUUCACUCUGUAGAUCAGGUGGGCCUCAAAUAUAGAGAUCCACCUGCCUCUGCCUCCAGAGUUCAGGAGUGCUAGGAUUAAAGGUGUGCGCCACCGCUGCCUGGCUGCCUAAUUGUAACUAGCUGCAUUUUGUGGUGUAGUCUUCUUUUACUCAAGGUAUUUGUUGUUUGGGUCUUCUCGGUCUUUUAGUAGGGCCACGGAGAUGACUCUGGAUAAGGAUGCUUGCUGCCACACCUGAUAACCUGUGAGAACUGACUCCUUCACGUUAUCCGCUGACCGCCACACAUGUACCCAAAUAGAUAAAUGUGCUAAAAACUUGGUGGUGUAUUUAAAAUCCAGGCUAUGUUUCAGGGCUAGGAUCUGGUCUUACUUUAUUGGCAAGCUGUCCUGUUAGACUGUUUACUGUUUCAGGAUGCUGGUCUUCCUGUGCACAGGUAAGUAGUCAGUGUGAAACAGCUUCUGUCAGUCACGGGCGAUAGCACUGCUUUCCAGGGUGGAUGAAGGCAUGCAGAGGGCCCGCUGGAAAGGCUGCGACUUUGAAAGCAUCGUUAGCUGGACAGAGUUUGAAGUCAGGCAGCCUGUUGGCCCCUGCAUCUCCGUUAUGUCUUCACUGGACAAGUUGAUAACCCCUUUAAAGCUGGCCACUGUGGUGCAUCCUGUGAGUGUGGAGGACCCAAGCUUCCACUUUCAGUAGCCUGAGACUGUAGGAGGCCCUCUAGGAUCCUGGAGAGUAAAGAGAAUGGGAAAAAAAUACAGGCGAGGGGAGAAAGUGCUGCUUGGGUGACUGUUGAGUAUCUUGGCUGUGUGAUAAAUUUUCCCAGCGCACAAUAGCUUAGAACAGCAUAGCAGCUUCUCACUCAGAUUCUGGGGUUACGGGGGGAGGAACCUCGAGAGGGCUUAGCUCCAAGGUUCUGGUUCAGGUACUCUCACAGGACUGCACUCUCUGAUGGCCCGUCUGCAGCUGAAGGAUCAGUUUCGGAGCUAGCUCAUGCAUCUCCUGUUUUUCACCAUGGGUAGGCGUCCCCCCUAGGCAGUGGGUAUCUUCACAUUAAAGUAGCUGCUUCCCUCACAGUGAGUGACACAGCACGGCAGAAAAAAACAUGGCAUUAUCCACAGUCCAACUUCGGAAGUGAGGCAGCAGCUCAUUGACCCCACAGCGCAGCUGUGACAUGAUGGAGAGGCCACACGCAAACCUCAUAAUCAGUGAAAUUACUGGAACCAUCUUUUUUGUUUUUGAGACAGGGUCUCAUGUAGUCCAGGCUAGCCCUAAAUGCUGGGAUUACAGGUGAACACCACCAUGCCCAGCUCUCUGGGAACUGUCCUCAAAGUGGUUCCCCUGGUGACUUCCCCGCCUUCCUUCUCUGAAGACAUUCUAGUGAUGCUGCUGAAGGCCAGACUUGGAGAGGCAGCUGGAGAUUCGGUUUGUGAAUACUGGAAAUGUGUUGAGGAACUACCUAGAGGACUUUAGUGAGGGGGCUGCGGGGAGCACUGCUCUGGCAGAGGACUCAGGUUCAGUUCCCAGCACCCAUGUUGGGCAGCUCACAACCUUCUGUAACUCUAGCUCCAGGGGCUCUGACUCUCGGCCUCCAUGGGCACCUGCACUCAUACAUAUAUCCACUCCCCCACACACACCUAAUUAAAAACAAACAUUUUAAAAAUAAUUUGAGUUAGACCCAAUAAUAAUGUCUAUUCCCUCAACACUGAAGAGUAUAGUGGGAACAUGGAUCUGUUUGGAGAUAUAAAUGACAUUUCUUCGGAGAGUGACGUGGACCAGCGAACACCUGUCCCAAGACGGCCUGAUGUGAGUACAGGCGGCCGCAGAGUGCCUCAGAACCAGCACGUGGAACGGUGUAUUUCUGAAACCAGAAUAAAAAUAGAAAUUCCCAGCAUCAACUCUGACUUAGGGAAUGAAUUGUAUUUUGUUAAACUACCUAGAUUCCUCAGAAUAGAACCCAAACCUUUCGAUCCUCAGCUGUAUGAAGAUGAACUUGAAGGUGAGAAAGUGCUUUAUGAGGAAGACAAAACUAGCUUGAAAUUAAAGGUGGAAAAUACUAUCCGCUGGAGGGUAGGCCGGGAUGAAGAAGGAUGUAGAGUUAAAGAGAGCAACGCUCGGAUAGUCAAGUGGUCUGAUGGAAGCAUGUCCCUGCAUUUAGGCAGUGAAGUGUUUGAUAUCUACAAAGCCCCACUGCAAGACAACCACAACCAACUGUUUAUACGGGAAGACACUGGUCUCCGCGGACAAGCCAUCUUUAAGUCCAGACUUACCUUUAGACCUCACUGUACAGACAGUGCUACAUAUAAAAAGAUGACCCUGUCAUCUGGGAGCAGAAGUUCAAAGACACAGAUUAGAAUCUUACCGAUGGCUGGUCGUGACCCUGAGUGGCCACGCACAGAUUUGAUUCAGGUAUGUCUGAAAAAAGAACGCUUGAGGGUGUCUACUCAACGGAACUUCCGCUCGAAGAGGAAGAACCAGCCAGCUCCAAGUUCCACCAUCCAGCAGCCUGACGGUGAUGACGAGGAAGAGAAGGAAGAGGAAGAGGAAGACAAGGCCUCCCGACUAGUUACCAUUAAAAACCAUUACCGAGGAGCAGUCCACGAGGAACAAGCUCUGUCUUCCUCAGACGGCGAUGACGAUGAAGGAUCUGAAGAAGAUAAGGCCGGAAGAGUACUUAAAGCAAAGAAACACGCAAUGAAUCCUCCAGAAAGAGACCAAGGGUUGAAGAGGAAGAAUGAAGUGUGAAAUGAAAUGUGCGUUGGUGUCUAUCCUUAAAUAGUCCUCGGUUUCCUGUUUGUGCUGGGAUUGAAUCUAGGGCUUCCUGUCCAUGCAUUCUACUGCUUAGGGACAGCCCAAGCCCCUCAAAUACAUACCCCCCCACGCCCAUCAGAUAUAUUAAAGCAAGGAUGAACCACAUGAACCAAUGAAUGAGAUGGGCCAUGCAGAAACCAUAUCUCCUCUUAGACAGCCACUAGUUCAGGAUGAGUCCCACUUUGGGGACCUAAUAUACGUACCCCUAAUUGCCUUCCAAAGGCCCGUUUCCAAGUCCCACCACUACUGUAUGUUAGGACUUCAGUGUAGGAAUCUGGGGAGGAUAAAAAUGCUGAGUCUGUAAUAGGCGGGAAAGACUAGCUUGGGAAUUAGUAAGCUUGAUCUCUUAAGAAGGUUUAUUAAUAAAUCAGAUGAGCAUACAAAGCAGCGGGCGUCACAGUGGCUGCUUCAUACGUAUGUGCUGUUAUACUUGGUUCUCAUUCACGCCCCCCUCCCCACAAUAAGCUUGUUCCUGAAGGAAGAUGUAAUGAAUGUUAGAAUUCUAAAACUGAAGAGAUUUUUUUUUUUAAAGUCUGAAUACAGGAUAUUUGAUGAACUUUAAUAGUUAUUUGUUUUGGUAUACAGUAUGUUUUAAAUGCCUAUAGUCUUGAAAAGAAACUUUUCUUUGUUAUAAACUGGGUGGAUAAUAAACUUGUGAUUUAAAUGUCAGAAAAUUCAUUGCUUUUCAACUUACAAAGCAUUUAGUGUUUUGCUUUGUUAAUAUUAGAAAAACUUUAUGUAAUACCCAGCUUCAAAGGACAGAAAAACAUGCGCUGCCAUAAAGGUCUAUUCAGGCUUCAAGCAAAACCAAACCAAAUGUAAUUCAUCCACAAGACUGAACUGGAAAUAAAGCGGGUAUGUGAAUUCA